GACUGGCUGGCUGGCGGAGGUGACGUGCGCGUCCCCGUGUCAGGGAGCCGGAAGUCGGGACGUGGCCGGGGGAGGAUGGCGGUGGUAAGCGGUGUAGAGAGGUUGGAGGUGUCCAUAGACGGGCUGACACUGAGCCCCGACCAGGAGGAAGAGCCGCCACAGGGGGCGGGAGAAGUAGGAGAAGAGGACGAGGCCGGGCAGAUCAGUAUGGAGCAGCGGUGGGGGUUCAGCCUGGAGGAGCUCUUUUCACUGGCACUGAAAUUCUUCAAAGAAAAAGAUGGGAAGGCUUUCCACCCAACAUAUGAAGAGAAGCUGAAGCUGGUGGCUCUUUACAAGCAGGUUCAGCUGGGCCCUUACAACCCGGACACCUGCCCCGAAGUCGGAUUCUUUGAUGUCCUCGGCAAUGACAGGAGGAAAGAAUGGGCCUCCCUUGGCAAUAUCAGCAAACAGGAAGCCAUGACGGAGUUUGUGGGACUGCUGAACCGAUGCUGCCACCUGUUCUCCACAUAUGUCACAUCACAUAAAAUAGAGAAAGAGGAGCAGGAGAGGAAGAGGAGGGAAGAGGAAGAGCGCAGGAGGCAGGAAGAAGAGGAACGACAGCGUCUGCUUAGAGAAGAGGAGAAGCGGAGAAGGGAGGAAGAGGAGAGAUUGCGGCGAGAGGAGGAAGAGAGGAUGCGUGCCGAGGAUGAGCGAUUCCGCAUGGAGCAGCAAAAGCAGCAAAUCAUGGCAGCCCUGAACUCGCAGACCGCUGUUCAGUUCCAGCAAUACGCAGCACAGCAGUACCCCGGGAACUUUGAGCAGCAACAGCUUCUUAUCCGUCAACUGCAAGAGCAGCACUACCAACAAUACAUGCAACAGCUCUACCAAGUGCAGCUUGCCCAGCAACAGGCUGCACUACAGAAACAACAGGAGGCAGGAUUAGGGGGAAGCGGCUCCCCGGUGAACUCUCCCACUAAGGGAAGUACAGCGGCAUCCGGAGAAACCCCCUCUGUGAACGGUCAGAGUCACCCCCAUAUAGAUGGCACUGAAACAGAAAUGGAACCUGAUCCCCUCGACGAUAUCCUAGAGAACGGGCCGAAAGAGAACACGCCGGUGAUAGCAGCUCCCUCCAUGUGGACCCGGCCACAGAUAAAAGACUUCAAGGAGAAGAUCCGGCAGGACGCAGACUCGGUGAUCACUGUGGGACGAGGGGAGGUGGUGACGGUCCGAGUCCCCACACAUGAAGAGGGAUCCUACCUCUUCUGGGAGUUUGCCACAGAUAAUUUUGACAUUGGUUUUGGGGUUUACUUUGAAUGGACAGACUCCCCAAACACAGUGGUCAGCGUUCACGUCAGUGAGUCCAGCGAAGAGGAGGAGGAGGAUGAAGGUUGGUUGGAAGAGAACCCGAACAGCGAAGAGAAAACCAAGAAGAAUUCCAGUAAGCCUCAAGUGGAUGAAAUAGUGCCGGUCUACAGGCGGGAUUGUCACGAGGAGGUUUACGCUGGAAGUCACCAGUACCCCGGCAGGGGGGUCUAUCUGCUUAAAUUUGACAACUCUUACUCCUUGUGGAGGUCAAAGUCUGUCUACUACAGAGUGUACUACACCAGAUAAAGGGUGAGGGGGGUGGAGGCCAAGGCCACGGGCCGGGCUUAGGCAGAGAGUGGAACACUUUUUGCUGUAUCCCAUCGAGUCAGUGUUGUCCCUCCAUCUCUCAUCUUCCUGUCAAAUUUGGUGGCUGACCCCGCUUUAGUGCAACACUAACUCAGCCCAGCGCAGUUUAUUCCUUUCGGUUCCAUCGAGCCUCCUGACAGUGGAAGGGUCGAAGCGUUGGAAUUUAACUUCGCCCGCAACUCAUCCUCCUGUACGGAAGUUUUAUCACAUUUUUUUUUCCCAUCUUUUUUAAUUAAGCCCCUUUUUUGGAGUUUUCUGAUCCGCAGAGGAGGAGCAGGAAGUUGCGCGUGGGAGUGGCAUGGUGUAUCGGCGGGAAAGUACAUUGGCUCAUGAAGAAUUCCUGUCUGUUUCUGGUGUUGGUGUGUAUAACGUCUCUCUUGCUUUGAAGACCCGAAUGACACGAAAAGCAUCCAUAAUAAUUCUCUUUGGAAAUUCUGUACUGAAGGGGGAGCGGUUCUGGACGAUGAGAUAAGAUACGGCUGCUCUUCUGAUUGAACUGUGGACCCGGGCUUGGAGACUUGUGUGAAACGUGGCUGAAUGAAGUGGUUCUCGCCGGAUGGAUGAAUGGGAUCCUUAUUAACUUAAUAUUGGAGAUUUAAUACGGGCAGGGUAGAUAAUAGCCAGACUGUCUGCUGCAUGAUUGAUUCUUCCUUCUCCUCUCCGUUAUUAUUACCCAUAGCUAUGUAUGAUGCCGUACGGCCUGUCUGCAGUAUCCCCGC